AUGCGGCCUUUGUUGAAGGGCUUCAUCUCAGCGAGGGAUUCGGUCGAUCUGAUCGUUCAAGAUGAAGGAGACCAGUGUUUUAGGUUAUUUGUAACCGGUUUUGAGUACGGUCCACUUCCACCGCAACCCAAGUAUAUUCGCGUGAACACGUAUCCAAGCGGCAUGAUCAUUCGAAAGACGGCGUAUCCAGAAAUUUCGAACGUAACUACGUAUUUUCAAGUCGAUCUCAACUUCCCUCGGACGCCUCAAUUUCUGCUGGACGAGGCGGUGGCGCUGCUGAACAUAAACUACCUUAACGAACUCAACAACGCGAGGGACAUACCAUGGACUCCAUUGCAGAACGCAGUUGGUCGAAAACCGAAACUCUGA